AUGUACGAACUCUUUGUCACUUUACACAUUCCAAUUUCCCUGAUUUUCAUCGCCAUGAUGUUUUGGCACUGCAAUAACUUCCUCACCUCCUGGCAUUAUUUGAUCUCUAGCCUUGCUCUUUGGGGAGUAUCAUACCUUGCUAGGGUGUUCUACUUAAACUGGUUGAACCCAUUCCGCCUUUCGUUCCUCAUUGGAGAAGAGUCGGCGGUUACAAUUUUACCAGAUAACGCUGUCAAGGUCACAAUACCUACCCAAAUGAAAUGGAGGCCCGGCCAGUACGUAUACCUCCGUAUGCCGGGAAUAUCUAUGCUUCAAAACCAUCCUUUCACCAUUGCCUCUCUCUGCAGCGACGACUUUCCAUCUAGCUAUGGAUCAAAAUACCGCGAUAUGACCCUUGUAUUUCGACCAUUUGAUGGGCCCUAUGGCGGAGUUCGCAGAGAACUCUCCUCCUUUGACGAUGUUGUGUUCUUCGCUGGUGGCAGCGGAAUUACUGCAAUUGCAAGCCAGCUACUUGACCUGAUCAAGAGAAUGCGUGAUGGAAAGGCCAGAACCAGAACAGUGAAAGUUGUAUGGGCUUUGAAGCGACCAGACACCAUGGACUGGUUCAAGGAGGAGCUACGCAUUUGUCGUGAAUGCGCACCGCCCAACUCCAUGUUUUGCAAUUUCUACCUGACUGGCGCAAAACGAUACGACAAAAAUGCCGAAGUCGUUUCUCACCCACGUCCACAAAGCGGCGACUUCCACGAUAAACUCAAUGAUGUCUUUCAGGGGGUUGCUAGCAAGAGAAACUCUGCGUAUAUUCGAGAAGAAGCUGGCGGGGAUGAAGACAAAGAAAGAGAGCUGCGAAGGGAGAACGAGGAUAGCAUCUCUGCACUGCCAAACGCACACUUAGCCGCUCGUCCACGGAUACAGACUGGGCAUAUUAACCCAUAUUUCCCUGAGACGCCCAACUCUAUGAUGUCUUCUCCAGAGGAGAAUGACGGCCCCAACUUCGGGUUUCCUAGCACUCCGACCAUGCUACAGAAGAAUCUAAUGCGCUUCGCCUUUUUCCCAAGGCAGAAAAGGGACGGCUGGAAAACAGAAUAUGGCAGACCGGACAUACCCUUUAUGUUGAAGCAAUUCUCCAAGGAGUUCGGUCGACGGACCUGUGUUUUCGUGUGCGGGCCACCGAGCAUGCGGGUUGACGUCGCAAAUACAGUCGCCAAGCUACAAACCACAGUCAUGAAUGACCCGAAUAAAGAUGAAUUGUUUUUGCAUACUGAAAACUAUGCAAUCUGA